AUGGACGAAGAACGUGGCUGGAUUCGCACAGCAACGAUGAUAUCUCCACCCGUUCAACGUGGAGUAACUGUUCUUAACCAAGAACUUUUUCGUCGCGUUAUUGAGGUAAUAGGAGUGCGUGUACCGAGCAACUCUACCUCAAGGUUCUUGAAAAUUUUGAACAAUGACUUGCUCAACCAACCAAAGCUCCGAAAUGUCGUAGAAGAUCCUGAAACAAAAUCCUUCAAAAUAGUCUUAUUGAAUCUACGUGUUAAUAACUUAGAUCUAGAUUGCUUGUCCAAUGAGAUCAAAGAAUUAAUUAAGAGCGAAGGACUUCAUGUCGUCCGCCACUCAAUCGAAUUGAAUUAUGAUUAUUGGGGAGCUGAUGAAAUACUCAAAGCCAUUUUGCCCGAAGGUGUAGAGUCUCCAUCAUCGUUUACGCAGGUCGGUCAUAUCGCACACAUGAAUUUGCGUGAAGAAUUUCUUCCUUGGAAAUAUCUUAUUGGUCAAGUGAUUCUUGAUAAAAAUCCAAAGAUCACGACAGUUGUCAACAAGACAGACAUCAUUGAUACGACCUAUCGGGUCUUCAACAUGGAAAUUUUAGCUGGUGAAAGCAAUAUGCUGGCAGAAGUGAAAGAAAGCAACUGUAGAUUUCGAUUCGAUUUCUCGCAAGUAUACUGGAACUCCAGAUUACAUACUGAGCAUGAACGAUUAAUCAAGAUGUUUAAAAAGGGCGACGUUUUUGCUGGCGUCGGACCUUUCGCAAUUCCUAGUGCUAAAAAAGGGUGCAUAGUGUAUGCCAAUGAUCUAAACCCUGCUUCUUAUAAGUAUCUGAUCGAAAACAUAUCACUAAAUAAGGUAAAUGAUAAAAUUCGUCCUUAUAAUUUAGAUGGAAGAAUUUUCAUUAAAAAAGCGAUUGAAGAAUUGGACACGACAUCUUGUUCCAAGGAAGGAACAUCCUCCUCAACUGAUGCUAAUUCAUUGGUAAAAACAUCCAGUUUCCGAUCUUUUGAUCACUUCAUCAUGAACUUGCCGGCUACAGCCAUAGAAUUUUUGGAUGCAUUUAAAGGUUUGUUCAAAGACAAAGAACCUUUGUUUGAAACCUCAAAGAAGGAUUUACCGAUGGUCCAUUGCCAUUGUUUCUCAAAUAGUGAAACACCAGAGAAUGAUGUGAUCGAACGGAUAAAUUCAAGAUUGGAACAUCCGUUACAACCCGACGCAUAUAACUUUCAUUUUGUUAGAAAGGUUGCACCAAAUAAAGACAUGUUUUGCGUUAGUUUUCGUUUAAGCCGAGCGGUUGCCUUCGCUCACGGAAACACAAAACGUAAACAGGAAGCAGAUGUUACUUCAAAUUCAGAUGAUGUAAUUGAAGUUAAUUCAAAUUCUAAGAAGCUUAAAUCAGAGGAGCAAAAUGAGAAAAAUGAUAGAUUUAUCGGGCUCCAGCGGGAAUUGAACCCACGACCUCUCGCACCCAAAGCGAGAAUCAUACUACUAGACCAUGGAGCCGGAGUAUACAAAAGGAGCGAAUCCUUUAACCUAAGAACUUUCUUUGCAAGAUAG